GUUUGUGAUUCCAGUGUGGUCAGGAGUAGCAGAAGAGGAAUAUUUCAGUGUGGUGUGCCGCAGUUCUUUGGAUUUUGUGGAAAAAAUCAGAGAGGACAGGAUGGUUAGGAAUUUCUGGGUGUGGCAGCUUCUGGCUGUGAGCCUGGUCAUCUCAGUCUGCUAUGCCGGAGGACAUGGUGGUGGUCAUGGAGGUGGACAUGGGGGUGGCGGCGGCGGUGGCGGUGGCGGUGGCGGUGGCCAUGGGCACAGCAGUAGCUUCGAUGAGGGUGGCGGCAGUGAGCACGGAAGUGAUCAUCACAGCGAACACGGGUCCAAGGGUGGAAAGAAAUACGACUCUGGCCAUCACUUCGAUAAAGGUGAGAAAGGCAGCUAUGGCAAGGAGGAAGAUGAAGGACACCAUGGUGAGGAGGGUGGCCACAAAAAGUCCCACUACGACGAAGGGGAUGAGCAUGGAUCGCAUCAUGAGUCAAAGAAGGGAUCCAAAGGAGGAAAAUUCGGGCACAAGAAGGGACACAAGAAGGGUUCAGAAACAAAGGGGUACCAUCAUAAAUCUGGCAAGGAUAGCUACCACAAGGAACACAAAUUCUACGAUGAUGCCCACAAUGAAGGCAAACACUCCAAACAUGGUGGCUUCCAUGAGCAUCACAGCAAGAAGGGUGGUGAUCACAAAAAGGGAGGCAAGCACGAAUCUGGCCAUGCUGAAGGACACAAAGGCAAGAAGGGACAUCACGAUAAGGGGCACUACGACGAUGCUCACAAAGGGUACAAAGGACAUCACGGACACGAAAGUCACCACUCACACCAUGACGAUUAUGGCAAGAAGGGUGGCUCAUCCGGUGGCAGUGAACACGGUUUCAGCUCUGGGCACGGUGGCGGCGGCGGUGGAGGUGGCCAUGGCGGUGGCCACGGUGGUGGUCAUGGUGGACAUCACUAAAUCCAUCUUCAUUUAGAGAAAUUCAUCCAGUGAUACAUCAGAAUCAUCGACUACACAUACCUGACGCAGACUAGAGAACCAGAGGAGUGAAAAUGUGAUUAUCUGUAAAUUCUCUUUUGUAAAAAAAAUACAUAGAUAGACCAAUUGUCUCUUUCCAAUAAAAUAAGUCAAUAAUCU